UCGCCCGUGGGUUGAAUGCACUGAUCUGCCGAGCUUCUUAAACGCUGCACGGGCUCUGGUGUGAAUCCAUUUUGUGGUUGUGUUUCUGAUGGCGAUGAAGCUAGUUUACUGGGAUAUAAGAGGGCUUGCUCAGCCCAUUCGCCUGCUGUUGGAGUACACUGGCACCGAAUGGGAGGAUAAAUUUUAUUCCUGUGGUGAAGCUCCCAAUUAUGAUAAAAGCUGCUGGUUCAAAGAGAAAGCCACGCUCAACAUGGACUUUCCUAAUCUGCCCUACCUUGAGGAUGGAGAGAGGAAGAUUGUGCAGAGUAAUGCCAUAAUGAGAUACAUUGCUCGCAAGCACAACCUCUGUGGGGAGACGGAGGACGAGAUCAUCAGAGUGGACAUCUUGGAGAAUCAGGCAAUGGACUUCCGCAAUGGUUUUGUCAUGCUCUGUUAUCUAGACUUUGAUAACAAAAAGAAAGGCUACUUGGAGGCACUGCCAGGAAUUCUGAAGCAAUUCUCUGUGUUUUUGGGAGACAGGAAGUGGUUUGCUGGUGAUAAGAUCACAUUUGUGGACUUCAUCAUGUAUGAAUUGUUGGACCAGCACCGCAUGUUUGAGCCCAAAUGCCUGGACAACUUCAAGAACCUCAAAGAUUUCCUGGACAGAUUUGAGGCACUUGAGAAGAUCUCAGCAUACAUGAAAUCAAGCAGGUUCAUGAAAACACCUGUAAACAACAAGAUGGCAAAGUGGGGAUACAAGAAGGAAUGAAGACUGGCACCUUUUCGGUGAUGAUACACUGAAGUCACCUUUAAAAGCCUUAAAAUGCAUAAAACAGUAAAUAGUUUAAGCAACCUCUGUUGUACAAAAAAAUUAGACCAACGUAUUUUUGGAAAGGAUGUAAGACACAAGCACUUAUUAUUAAAUUGUGCUCCAUUCUUAUUUUCGUUCAAUAAAAAUUUAAAGAUUUUU